GCCUUUGCGUUCCCCGACGACUGCCGGGAGGGGAACGAUCGAGCUACUGAAACCAGGGCUGCGCAGUCGGACGCUGACUGGGGCGCGAGCGGGCGACGCCAGGCUUGCAGCGCCGAGCAAAAAGCAGAGCCAGCAGGAAGCUCCCGGACCAGCAGGAUGGGGUCAGCCUGUAUCAAAGUCACCAAAUACUUCCUCUUCCUCUUCAACUUGCUCUUCUUUGUCCUGGGCGCGGUGAUCCUGGGCUUCGGGGUGUGGAUCCUGGCCGACAGGAGCAGUUUCAUCUCCGUCCUGCAAACCUCCUCCACCUCACUCAAGGCGGGGGCCUAUGUCUUCAUCGGCGUGGGGGGCUUCACCAUGCUCAUGGGCUUCCUGGGCUGCAUUGGUGCUGUCAAUGAGGUCCGCUGCCUGCUGGGGAUGUACUUUGCCUUCCUCCUCCUGAUCCUCAUUGCCCAGGUGACUGCUGGGGUCUUAUUCUACUUCAACAUGGGCAAGGUAAGCACCCCCCUCGUCCCCACCCCCCGACCUGGGCUGGACCAGCCACGUGGGGUAGGGGGCAGGGUUGGCCUGGGGAUGGGGGCUAGACAGGAGGCCUCUUAGUUGUCACAGAGAAACCCAUAGGUGGGGAAUUUCCUGGCGGUGCAGUGGUUAGGACUCUGCACUUUCACGGCCAGGGGUGCGGGUUCAAUCCCUGGUCAGGGAACUAGGAUCCCGCAAGCCAUGCGUUGCAGCCGGAAAAAAAAAAAAAAAAACAAAAAAAAAACGGAAACCCAUAGGUGCCAGGUCAGCCUCCCAGGCCUCCAGCUCCCCUUGGUCACAUGGCAGAAUAUUAGAGGAGAGGACAGUACAGGUCGGUGGAGUCGCUGCUGGGCCCAAAUCUUGGCUCUAUCCCACCACUUUCUUGCUGUGUAGCCGUGGGCAAGCUGCUUUCCUCUCUGUGCCUGUUUCACCUUCUGUAAACUGGGGACAUUAAUAAAUUUAGCUCCCAGGGUUUCUGUGAUGAUUCAGUGAGAUGAUCUUUAUCUUAGCAAAACACUUAGCACAGUUCUCGGCACCUCAUCCACAGAUGAGGCCCAGGGAGGAGACUGUCAGUGAAAACAUUAUUCCCGUGUCAGAGGGAAGACGCUCAGCCUUGAGGAAUAAGAAAUCAGACAUACUGGGGCUUCAACUCUAAGGACGUUUGUUGUUGACUUAACCAGAAGUCAGGUUUGGAAGCUCAGAGGCCCUGGUUCUGGCUGUCUGUUCAGCAUCCUCAUCAUGACGGCUUUCCUUCAUCUUGCCACUUACCUCAUGGCCACGAGAUGGCUGCCACAGCACCAGGUACAACAUCUGUGCUGCUGUGGCCUGAAGAAAGGGAGUGGGGUAGUGCCAGCCAUGGCCACCCCUUUUAUCAGAAAAGCAAGCCUCCCAACAGUCUCCCCCAGUCUGGGUUAUUAAGGCACCCCUAGCUUCAAGCGAGGCUGAGAAAGUGAGUAUCCAGCCUUCAGGCUCUAAAGACAGAGACAUAAGAGAGAAGGGAGCUGGUGAUGGCUACUGGGCCUGCCAUUCGAUUGUGGCUGUCACAGUUAUCAUUGUGGAGCACCUACUCCGUGCACGUGGUAUUUUCUAGAAGCUUUACACACAUUGUCUCGUCCUCCCAACAGCUCUUCCGUGUAAGUGUUAACGGGCAGAGAAGCAGAUGCCCAGAGAGAUGAAUAACAACGACAGCAUCAGUAGUAGUGACGAUAACCCCUCAUCCCUAAUCCCUAUUCGGCACACACCAGAUACUGGGCGCAGUGUUAGCCACUUUACGUUCCUUCUUUCCCUGAGCCUCACCUCCUCAUCCUACAGGUGAGGGGUGAGGGCACACAGUGGUCAGUGGCCAGGCCAGGUGAGAGCCCAGGCUCCCUGAGGCCAGUCAGAGUUCACCCAUGGCUCAGCUGAGGCUGGGACCCUGCCUUCCUCCAGGGCUACAGUUCUUGUCCACUGACUGGGCUGGCAGAGCCAGCGGCCAGGUGAUCUCCUACAUUUUACCACUUGAAGGUCAAGUUGCCACAGAUGUCUCUUGGAAGGAAGCUGAGAAAACAUUACACCAACAUCAACAACUAAUACUUAAUAGAAUUUAGAACAAGCCUGGCACUAAACGCUUUGCAUAUACUGCAUUUAAUUAUUCAUUCCUCACAGCAAGCCUUUGAGGUCAGAGGUAUGAAUACCCUCAUUUUCAGAUGUGGAAGCUGAGGCACAGAGAGGUUAAGUCACUGGGCCAAAGGUCACACAGCUAGUAAGUGGCAAAGCCAGGAUUUGAACCCUGGCAGCCUGGCUUCUGGGUUCAUGCUGGUGAAGUUUUCAUUAUAGUGGUUCCUACCUGAAUCUGCUUUACUUAUUUAUA